UAAUUUUUACAACAGCAGUAAAGUUUUUACUUUUAUAUUUAAAUAAACAAUGGCCUACGAACGCAGCUCAUUGCGCUAUGCGCAUACAAAUGGUUACACCAGUCUCACAUUCACGGAGGACGAUGAAUCCAUCAUUACUUGCGGCUCUGAUGGUGAUAUCCGCGUGUGGAAAGGCAUUGAUGAUGAUGAUCCGAGUUCCACUUGUUUGGGUGAGUUUGUUAUGUGUAUUGCACAUAGCAGUAAACGUCUCUUGGCGUCCACCGAUAGAAACACCGUGCAAUCAUAUACAUAUCCUGAACUUGAGAGCGAUGGCACAUUAAUGCGUUUCACGGCACCAGUGACGUGCCUACGCGUACAUGAGAAAUAUAUAGCUGCUGGUUCAGAUGAUACUAACAUAAAGGUGCUCAAAAGUGAUGAUAACAAAAGUGAAAUGCAUUUACAGGGACAUAGCGGUCCCGUUUUGGCGUUGGAUAUAUGUUAUAAAGGUGAAUUGUUAGCAUCCAUAGCUGGUGAUGGUUAUUUGAAAAUUUGGAAACUUAGCGAAGAGGGUGCAGAAGUGAAAAGUAUUGCUGGUUUGCCGAAAAUAAACAGUUUUGAGAACGCCGAGCAUUUCGGUACGCCCAGCUUCGAACCACAAAAUAGCAAGUCUCUGGCUUAUGUGCAUGGAAAGGAGAUAAUUGUAUUGAAUACAGACACCUGGGAAGUGAAAUUUACGCUAUCCGAUGAUCGCGUCAAGGGUGAAUACACAUGUUGUCGUUUUUCAAAAGACGGUCAAUAUCUAGCAGCUGGAACUGAUAAAGGAGAAAUUAGUGUAUAUGAUUUUAUGCGCAAGCAAGCAUUAAAAACUGAGCCACCGUCAAGUGAGUGUCAGGCCAUAACAUGCAUAAGUUGGAAUGCAGCGGGCUCAGAGUUGGCAUAUUGCGAUGUAACUGGUCAGCUGGGUACAUUAUUCCGAACGAAAGGUAGUAAUGGUGCUGUAUUCGCAGAUGGUGAGGCGGAAGAAGUUGAUUUCGGUGAUAUUGAAUUCAAUAAUGAGGAUAAUGAUGAUCUCAUAAGCGGAAGCGGUUUCGACGGUGUUGAUGAAAAUCAUAUUGGUGGCGAUGACGAUGAUGAUGAUGGCAUAUCAAUCGAACGACUGAAAAGCCAAGUUAUGCGCAAUGCUGUUGGCUACAGUGAUGGGCAGGAAGAAAACACGCGUGAUUCUUUACCGAAAUCCAUGCAUAGUGAAAUCGAGCCGCAGGUACAUGUCAAGACUUUUAAACAACAGCCAGCCUUUCAGCCGGGCGCAACACCAACUCAUUUGGAGCAUCGUUAUCUUGUAUGGAAUGAUGUUGGCAUUGUGACAGCGCAUACGGAGGGUGCUGAUGGCUCGUUGGAUGUGGAAUUUCAUGAUGCCAGUGUCCAUCAUUCGCUGCAUAUACCGAAUUACAGUAAUCACAACAUGGCCAGUUUGAGUGCAAGUGUAUUAGCGCUUUCCGCUGAAAAUGCCACAAAAUUGGUGUGCAUUGCUUUGGCUGCAUCGGGCAAUAAAGAAUGGUCGGUUAGUUUUCCUGAUUGCGAGAGUACAGAAGCGCUAGUCGCUACCAACAAAUUAGUGGGUGUUGCUACAAGCAUGCAAUUCUUGCGUUUAUUUACAGUAAUGGGUACACAGCGUGAAAUUAUAUCUAUACCGGGACCUGUAGUAGCGUUAGCUGGACAUGAAGAUCGUAUAUUAGUGGUCUACCAUAGCGCACCACCUGGCACACUACAACAACAUUUAUCUGCAAUGCUUAUACAAACAGCGGGCAUGCAGCUACGCACACAACACCUGCCAGUUCCUCUAACACCUGAACGUCGCCUAACUUGGCUGGGUUUUUCAGAUUGCGGCUCACCGGUAUUUUCUGAUUCAAUGGGUCUAAUACAGUUAUAUAGCUUAAAGAGUAAAUGUUGGUAUCCAAUUUGUGAUACACUGAAACAAAGUCAAAGCGUUUCGAAUAAUUAUUUUGUCAUUGCUGUGUCGGAACGUAGUCAAAUUAUACAAGCCGUAUUGUGCCGUGGCAGCUCAUAUCCGAUGACUAACCCACGUCCAAUGACUCAGGAAUUGACAGUGCAAUUACCCGUAUGUGAUGCCGAUGUGGAGAAAUCUGAGAUAGAGGAUACUUUGGUACGCGCUUCUAUUAUGAAUGUGGAUAACGCCGAUAAGACUAUUAAGGAGACGGCAAUCAAGCUUUUCGCAUUAGCUUGUCGUACUGAAGUUGAAAUGCGUGCCAAAGAACUUAUCGAAACUAUCGCAUGUCCCGAACUAUUACUUUUAGCUGUCAAAUAUGCUUCAAAAUUGGGCCGCAUACAUCUUUCAGAUCGUUUAUCAGAGCUAAUGCCACAACUAGAAGAACAAAAUCAGCGUGAACGCCAAGAGCUACAAGAAUUUGAACAACAACACAACACCACAUUUUCACCGCUAGUGCGUUCACAAAGUCCCAGUUUAGGACACAGUUCGAUGAGUGGAAAUCGUAUUGCGCCGAAGGCUAUGGAACUAACACAUGCGCGUCGUGCAUCAUUGAAACGUUUUGCUAUGUCUAAUUCACCAGUCACAUUUGGCAAAAAAUCAAUGAUAAUGAGUACGGCUGAACGUAUAGCAUCCCCAACGCCCACACCUGCAAAUUCCGAAACGAUUGAGUCACAGGAAAAUAUACCAGAUAAUAAUGUAGAAAAGUUAGAUGCCAACAGCGAUGAAUUGAAGGAUGUUACACGUACUCCGCUCAAUGCAGUAAAUCCCUUUGCAGCUAAACGCAAACAUUCAGAAGUUGACCCGACCAACAAAGGUGGUGUUUUAAUAAAUGGCGGAAAGUUGAAGAUAGCCAAAAAAUAAUAAUUCUAAUUUUAUCACUCAAUUUAUUAUAAACUAUAUAUUGUAUUCUAUUCAUUUUAAAUAUACUGACAUUGUAUUCAUAAAUCGACCAAGAA